AUGUGGGGAUGGUUGCAGUCUUGCUCUCCAGUUGCCUUUUGGGGUUCUGCCUGCAAGGCUUCUGCAAAGGGUAAAGUAGAAUACCUGGUGAAGUGGAAAGGAUGGCCCCCGAAAUACAGCACAUGGGAGCCAGAGGAUCAUAUCUUGGACCCUCGCCUGGUAGUGGCUUAUGAAGAAAAGGAAGAGAGAGACCGUGCAUCGGGGUACAGGAAAAGAGGCCCCAAACCAAAGCGCCUCCUACUGCAGCGGCUGUAUGGGAUGGAUUUGAGGAGUGCCCACAAGGGAAAGGAGAAGCUCUGUUUCUCUCUCGCGCGGAGGUUUGGAGGAGGAGACAGUAGCCUGCCAGGGGCCAAGCCAGGGCAGGCAGAGUUCUCAGAGAAGACUGCGGGAACAGUCCUGCCAUUCUCUCUCCGGAAGCAACGCAAAAACCAGAAGUACCUGCGACUGUCAAGGAAGAAGUUCCCCCGCAUGGCGAGCCUGGAGAGCCGAAACUGCAGGCAUGAGUUCUUCCUGAAUGAUGCAGUGGACCUAGAGGGCAGGCAGGGCCCUGAGGACUGGGAGGCCAUGCAGCACACCAGCAAAGAAGCAGAUGUGGAUGGCAGUCUCCCUUGGAUUCCCACUGUGCCCCCCAGCGAAGUGACAGUGACAGACAUCACGGCAAACUCCAUUACCGUCACUUUCAGAGAAGCACAAGUGGCUGAGGGCUUCUUCCGAGACCGGAGUGCGCAGUUCUGAAUCUCCAUUUUCAGUGGUCCCCAAAACCAGUGCUUUUACAAUACGCAAAAAAGGGCAGUAUAGGGGGUGCGUGUUUGUUGUUGCUUUGUCCAUCUGAAAAACUGACAGCCCUUUCCCUGGCAAAGACUCCCCUCCUAGAUGUGAAAGCAGCAAGCUGAACAAUUCGCCUUUUAUCCUGUUAAGUGGCGGCAGCUGCAUUUGUGGGGAGAGGGCAUGUGGAGGUGGAAGGAGAGCUGGAUCUCUAGCCUGCCGCCUUGUUCUGCAAUUGAUAUCCCCUGGAUAAAGAUACUUCCCUGUGCAUUGCUCUUCCCACCUUCCUCCUCCCUCUCUUCCUGCAGCAGUGAGAGGCGAUGGAUCCUACCUGUGUAGAUAACUCCAGGCUGUUAAGACUUUCUCUCCAGUGCUGUUUUCCCUGUGGCCUGCUGUCAGGACUUCAGAACCAUAUUUGCCUGUCUGUGAGAAAGCAUGAACCUUGUGGGUGUCGAACCACCUGAAUUCCACCCAAGUAGCUGGUCAAGAUGUGAAGGCCUACAAAACAGCCCCAGGACAAUUGGAAGGAGAGAGAAGCAAUCACUUAAAAUGGAAUUCAGACCCUUGAAAUACUUUUCUGUAACAAGCAGUCCUGGAGUGAUGACCGCUUUUUCUUUUCCACCUCUCUUUUGCUUGCACCCUUAAUUUCUUGAAGUACAGUGGCUUAGCUGGGAGCAGGUGGGAGAUGAUUCCUAGUUAACUGGGAGUUGUAGAGAGGAGCAGAGCUCAGCAGGAGCACGUAAUGGCUGAUAGUGGGGAGAUGGAUUGCUACCAAGUUGGGAUGAGAUAGAAGCUUUACUGCUGAGAUUGUUUCUAUCUGCUGUGAGUGGCUCUGCGAAGAUGCUAGGGGUUCUUGUCCAAGAGUGCCAGUCGGAUGUUGAAAGGGAGAGCUCAUCAGACAGUUCGGAACCUCUAUCACAGCUUAUCUCGUUACUGGGGUAGCACAGUUUUGACUGGGAGGGAGAUUUUGGAGGAGGUGGUGGAAAGCCUUUUUUUUUUUUAUUUAUUUAUUUUUUAACCAGAAAAUGUAGUGUCAGCACAAAGAAGCUUUUUGCAAAUCUGUCAA